AUGGCGAGCCUGCGCCGGUCCGACGGCCUAGAGCGUAUUCCGACGAUAACGAUCGACACCGCCAUCAACCCAAAUGACGGCUCCCAAGCCGCCGCGCCUGGAGCAUCGGGUAAUUCGCCGGUGUCGCCUCAAGAGGAGGGCGUGAGCCCUGCGACGACGACCGCGUCCGAGUUGCGCGGAACUACCUCGUUCGACAGCAAAGAUAGUCGGCCUACGAGUCCGCACAACGUAUCGAGUGCCCUUGCUCCUCGAGCCCCCGAAAGGGUGGGCGCGCCAACGUUCCUUUCAGUACCUAGCAACCUACGGUCGAGGCAGAACUCGCUCGAGUCCGACGAUGCGGCGCGAGGAGGACUUUACGGUCGACAACAAUCCGUUCGCUUUUACCCCGGCCAAAUGAACAAGAUGCUCAACCCCAAGAGCUUGCCUGCCUUUUACAAGCUCGGUGGUCUUCGAGGUAUGGAGAAGGGUCUCCAAACAGACUGCAAGGCUGGCUUGAGCGCCGAAGAGGUCAACGUUCCGAAAAAGAUAUCUUAUGCCGAAGCUAUCAGGACCGCGGAGGAAUCUGUCAAGGGCCCCAGCGAAACUUCCGAGAAGCUUGCUGCGGAAGGCAUUGUCCCUGAUAGCAAGGAAAAAGCGACCGACACGCGGCCGUCGACCGGAGAAUCAUACCACAGCGACGACAAGGGGCUCUUUGCCGACCGAAAGCGCGUCUUCAAAGACAAUAGACUCCCUGAGAAGAAGGGCAAGAGCCUCCUCCAGCUCAUGUGGAUCACGUACAACGACAAAACCUUUGCUCCCAACCCCGGCCACGAAGAUGAGCCCAGGGUAGAGUGGGUUGAGGGUGUCGCAAUCAUAGCCGCCAUCGUGAUUGUCGUUGUUGUCGGUUCCCUCAACGAUUACUCCAAGGAACGCCAAUUCGCCCGCUUGAACCGUAAGAAACAGGACCGUCUCGUGAAAGCUGUUCGAUCUGGAAAAACGCAAGAAAUCUCCGUGUUCGAUAUCCUGGUUGGAGAUGUUCUCCAUCUCGAACCCGGUGAUCUCGUCCCCGUGGACGGUAUUCUUAUUCAAGGUUUCAAUGUUAAGUGCGACGAGUCUCAGGCAACCGGAGAGUCAGACAUCAUCAAGAAGCAGCCGGCUGAUGAGGUGUACGCCGCCAUUCGUAACCACCAAAGUGUCAAGAAGCUCGAUCCCUUUAUUCAGUCCGGAGCCCGCGUGAUGGAGGGUGCUGGUACAUUUAUGUGCACUUCCACCGGCAUUUAUUCGACCUACGGCAGAACCUUGAUGGCCCUCAACGAAGACCCCGAAAUCACGCCUCUCCAGUCGAAACUGAACGUGAUUGCCACUUACAUCGCCAAGAUUGGUGGUGCCGCCGGUCUCCUCCUCUUCAUCGUCCUCUUCAUCAAGUUUUUGGCUGGUCUCCCCAAGUCCACAGAAACUCCUGCCGAAAAGGGCCAAAAUUUCUUGGAGAUUUUUAUCGUCGUGGUCACCAUCAUUGUCGUCGCCGUUCCAGAGGGCCUUCCGCUCGCCGUCACCCUUGCCCUCGCCUUUGCUACAAACCGCAUGCUCAAAGACAACAACCUCGUCCGCCAUCUCAAGGCCUGCGAGGUGAUGGGCAACGCAACUACCAUUUGCUCGGACAAGACGGGCACCUUGACACAGAACAAGAUGCAAGUUGUCGCUGGAACUGUCGGUACGAGCCAUCGCUUCGGAGCUAGUGAGCCAGGCCCCAGCGACGGAUCCGAGGCUGACGAAGAGGCCGACUCCAUGAUGGACCCCAGUGGUGAUGUAACUCCCAAGGAAUUCGCCUCUGUCCUCUCGACACCCGUCAAGCAGCUCUUGGUCGAAUCUAUCGCUUACAACUCGACUGCGUUUGAGGGCAACGUUGACGGUGAAAUGACUUUCAUCGGCUCCAAGACGGAAACCGCGCUCCUGCUCUUCGGCAAGCACUUCCUCGGUAUGGGUCCCGUCAGCGAGGAGCGUGAAAACGCCACGACUCUACAGCUCAUCCCCUUUGAUUCCGGCCGCAAGUGUAUGGGCAUCGUUGUCGCGCGUGAGAAGAACAAGGCACGUCUCUAUAUCAAGGGCGCCUCCGAAAUUGUCCUUGGCAAAUGCACACAGAUGAUUCAAGACCCGGCUCGCGACCUUGAACUCACCCGCAUGACAACUGAGCACACUGGCACGGUCAACAAGCUUAUCAACCACUACGCCUCCCGUGGCCCCCGCCGAUUCCGCCGCAACACGGGUGAUGAGACCAGCAAGGAAAUUCCGUUCGAGGACUUGUUCCACGAAAUGAUAUUCGUCGGUGUAGUUGGUAUCCAGGAUCCGUUGAGGGAGGGCGUGCCUGAGGCUGUCCGCGUCUGCCAGAAUGCUGGCGUCGUCAUCAGGAUGGUGACUGGCGACAACAAAAUGACGGCGCAAGCUAUCGCCGGAGAGUGCGGUAUCCUUCAACCCAACAGCAUCGUCAUGGAAGGCCCCGACCCUGAAGACAAACGCAUUCUCGUGAAGCGCCUCAAGGACAAGGGCGAGAUCGUGGCGGUUACAGGCGACGGCACCAACGACGCGCCCGCUCUCAGGAUGGCUGAUGUCGGUUUCUCCAUGGGCAUUGCUGGCACCGAGGUCGCGAAGGAAGCGUCGUCCAUCAUCUUGAUGGACGAUAACUUCAACUCGAUUGUCAAGGCGCUCAAGUGGGGACGUGCAGUCAACGACGCGGUCAAGCGGUUCCUCCAGUUCCAGUUGACUGUCAAUGUUACUGCAGUUAUCCUGACCUUUGUUUCGGCGGUCGCCAACCCUGAUGAGUCCUCGGUUCUCACGGCCGUGCAACUUCUCUGGAUCCCCCGCGAUAGCGUGCUGGAUCGCAAGCCGGAACGGCGUAACGCAUCCAUCAUCUCGGUGACCAUGUGGAAGAUGAUUCUCGGACAGGCCGUGUACCAACUCGCCAUCACGUUCCUCAUCUACUUUGGCAAGAACAAGGUUCUUCCCGAGACGGGUAGGUGGGAACUCAACGAUGAGACAAUUGGGACGCUCGUGUUCAACACUUUUGUGUGGAUGCAAAUCUUCAACCAAUGGAAUAACCGACGUCUUGACAACGAAUUCAACAUCUUUGAAGGCAUCUUCAAGAACAAGAUCUUCCUCAUCAUCAGCGCGCUCAUGUGCGGUUGUCAGGUCUUGAUCGUCUUUGUCGGAGGACCCGCUUUCAAGAUCAACACGCCUCCAGAGGGCACCAAGGAUCCCCAGGGACCAGUAUUGUGGGCUGUGGCGAUUGUUCUUGGUUUCGUUUCCAUCCCGUUCGGUAUGGUGAUUCGUCUCAUCCCUGACCGGUUGAUCCUCAAGUUGGUGCCGGACUACUUGAAAAGGCGCAGCGACAGCAACGUGCCAGGACUCACAAUCUCCGACGAGGAGGCAUUUAACCAUUACCCCGCCCCGCUCGCCGAUAUUCGCGACGAACUUACCUUCCUCAAGAAGAUCAAGGGCGGACGCAUCAACAACCUCAAGUUUGCCAUGCGGCAUCCGCGCGAGACGCUGAUGCAGCGGUCUCGUAGCCCCUCGCAUUCGAGAACCAGCUCGAUCAGGCCCCCUCGCACGCCAGACCGAGAAGAUAGCUUCGGCUCGGUAGGCGGAGGCGGACCACCAACGGUACCAGCAUCGCCCGACAACCGCAAGAGGUCGAGGUCGAUCAGGUCCAGGUCCAACUCGGCGCUGGGAGCCCCGACAGUGAUGGCAGGCAUCGUGGCCGCGGGUGUAGCCGCGGGAUGGUCGCCCAUCGAUCGGUCGGCUUCGAGGGAUGAGCGGGGAGAGCUCUCCCUCAACAGGGAAGCAUCCCUGAAUGCGCAAAGGACCGAGGAGUAG